UCUGAUCUCAUGAUCUAAUGCUGCUGGUGGACGUCAUCAGGGCGGAGCCUGGACUACCCUCGUCCAGAGUUGCUGUAGUGGGGACAGCUGAGUGGGGAACGUCCUGACUGAGGAGAAGCUGCUGCUGCUGCUGCUGCAACACAAAACUGGUGCUCCUCUCUGCCUUCACCCCACAGUACCAGUGAACAUGCUUCCCUGCCUCACUGUCCUUCUCCUACUGCUGCUCAGUCUAACCAAGGCCCAGUAUGAGAAUCUGGGCUACCCACCUGGAUACCCAGAGCCAGAGCUGGAGCAAUAUAGCGCCCCCCAGCUGUCACCAGACACACCCAGGAUACAACUGCGUCUGGCUGGAGAUAAAAGGAAACACAACGAGGGACGCGUGGAGGUUUUCUACAACAGUGAAUGGGGAACAGUCUGUGAUGACGACUUCACCCUGCACGCUGCUCAGGUGGUGUGUAGAGAGCUGGGCUAUCUGGAGGCCGUCUCCUGGUCUCCGUCUUCUAAGUAUGGCAAAGGAGAAGGUCCCAUCUGGUUCGACAAUCUCCACUGCACCGGCCAGGAAAAGACCUUGUCUCAGUGUCCAUCCAAUGGGAUUGGUGUUUCAGACUGUAAGCACAGUGAAGACGUGGGUGUGGUCUGCAGUGACAAGCGGAUACCAGGCUUCAAAUUCGUCAACACCUUACCCAAUCACGUUGAGAAUCUUGAUAUACAAGUAGAGGACGUGCAUAUUCGACCCAUCCUGUCAUCCUACCGUAAGAGAAUCCCUGUGACCGAGGGCUACGUGGAGAUAAAGGACGGCGGCAAAUGGAAGCAGAUUUGUAACACGCAGUGGACGCAGUUCAACAGCAGAGUCAUCUGUGGCAUGUUUGGUUUCCCUGCAGAGAGAAAAUACAAUGCCAGGGUCUACAAAAUGUUUGCUCGCAGGAGAAAGCCCUCAUACUGGGACUUCUCUGUUAACUGCACCGGGAAUGAAACCCACUUGUCCAGCUGCAGACUGGGCCAAGCUGUGUCCCUCAAGUCCAACGACACCUGUGCUGAUGGGAUGCCUGUGGUGGUGAGCUGUGUUCCUGGCAGAGCUUUCGCUCCAGCAUCGGUUACUGGAUUCAGGAAGGCCUUCAGACAAGAGUCUUCUUCAUCUUUACAGCAGGCCCUGGUGCGACUCCGCGGUGGGGCCAUCGUGGGUGAGGGCCGGGUGGAAGUGUUGAAAAAUGGAGAGUGGGGAACCAUCUGUGAUGACAAGUGGAACCUGGCGUCUGCCACCGUUGUCUGUCGAGAACUGGGCUUCGGCACUGCCAAGGAGGCUCUGUCUGGAGGCCGACUGGGACAAGGAAUGGGUCCCGUCCACAUGAACGAGGUGGCCUGCACAGGAUUUGAGAAGUCCAUUACUGAAUGUCCUUUCAACAAAGAGAUUGUGGACUGUAGCCAUGAGGAGGAUGCGGCUGUCAGGUGUAACGUUCCUGCUAUGGGCUUCCAGGAUCGGCUGCGUCUAAGUGGAGGUCGUAACCCCUACGAGGGUCGUGUGGAGGUUCUGGUUGAGAAGAAUGGUUCUCUGGUUUGGGGGACGGUGUGUGGUGGAGGCUGGGGAACCAUGGAAGCCAUGGUCGUCUGUAGACAACUGGGUCUGGGUUUCGCCAGCAAUGCUUUCCAGGAGACCUGGUACUGGCCUGGUCAGGUGAGCGCUGACGCCGUGGUAAUGAGCGGUGUUCGCUGCUCUGGAACGGAAAUGUCUCUGUCUCACUGUCUGCACCACGGAGAACACAUCAGCUGUGCAAAAGGAGGAGGACGUCACGCCGCAGGAGUCUCCUGUUCUGAGACUGCUCCUGACCUGGUCUUGAACCCUCAGGUGGUCCAGGAGACCACCUACAUGGAGGACCGACCCAUGUUCAUGCUUCAGUGUGCGUAUGAGGAGAACUGUCUGGCCUCUACCUCCAGUCAGGUUCCUGCCAACUCGUACCGCCGCCUCCUGCGGUUUUCCUCCCAAAUCCACAACAACGGACAGUCGGAUUUUAGGCCCAAAGCCAACAGGGAAUCGUGGGUUUGGCACGACUGUCACAGACAUUAUCACAGCAUGGAGGUCUUCACUCUCUACGACCUCUACAGUCUUAAUGGAACCAAAGUGGCUGAAGGACAUAAAGCUAGUUUCUGUCUGGAGGAUUCAGAGUGUGAUGAAGGUAUUGAAAAAAGGUACGAAUGUGCAAACUUUGGAGAGCAGGGCAUAACAGUGGGCUGCUGGGAUACGUACAGACACGACAUUGACUGUCAGUGGGUGGACAUCACUGAGCUCAAACCUGGAGAUUACAUCUUCCAGAUUGUAAUUAAUCCCAACUAUGAAGUUCCAGAGUCUGAUUACACCAACAACAUAGUCAAAUGCAGAUGUCGUUACGAUGGUCACCGUGUGUGGAUGUACAGCUGCCACAAUGGUGGUUCAUUAAGCACAGAGACAGAGCAGACCUUCCCUGGUCUCCUCAACAACCAGGUGACCCACAGGUAAAGACAUAAAUCCACCAGAGGAGAGACCAGGAGAAGAACAGGACAGCAGGUGCCCCGACCCUCCACCCCCCACCCCCAGCGGACUGUGAGGGACUUCAGGAGAAAGACCUGAGCCCUGAAGACAGAAAAGCCUGCACUGAUCAGCAGCAUGGUUGCCUGUGUCCUGUUAUUAAAUGGUUCUGGUCCAAACACUUUCACCCCUUUAUUUUUAUCUGUCGACAGCAGCUGUAGCCUGACUCACACACAACUGGCUCUCUACAGUGUGACUAUUUUAUUCUGACUGAAGCUGCAGUGAAGAACCAGCUGCAGCUGAGGUGUAGCAGUGGACCUUUGACCUGUGACUGUGAGUCUUCUGUGGUUCAGAGCUCACCCUGGAAACUUUGGACAUCACCUCCAGAGCCUUGAGAGGUACCGGUAAAAAUAUUUAAAAAAAAACUGUGGCAGCAGCAACAUUGGUCAACACGUGGAAAAUUCUGAGAUAAUCAUUAUUAAAUAAUCAAUAUAGGGAUACUGUCAAAUAGCUAAUAAAACUUGAUGUAAAGGAGUGUGCAUUGUGUUACAUUGCAUACAAUGAAGUACAAACCGAUGUUUUAAAUAGUGCUCAAAUGCAUUAACUCCAGUGCAGCUAAAGCUUUACCCUAAAAUAAAGAAAGAUUUUAACAGGGAGAUCCAUAGAAUUUUAUCUGUUUCUUGUCACUGCUUUCUUUUCCCAGAGUGACUCAGAAUUGUCCUCACAGCAGAGAGCCUGUUCUCCCUAUGUUUAGUUUUUAUAUCCUCAACUCAUCAAACCAAAGUUAAGUUUACUCAGUUGUAAUUGGUUCACAUUACAUUCAUGUGUGAAAUCCUGUUGUAUUGUAGCAAUUUAUUUUCUUUAACGGUGCUAUAGAGCUGACCCUCUGUUUUCUGAGGGAGCAGGACUUUGUUUAUUUUGUUUGUUACUUUGUUUUCACAUUAACAACAUAUACGUAAAUUUGAACUGAGCAGAAGAAACAUGAGCUUUUGUGUGUUCACUUAUAAUAAAGGACAGAUUUAUGGAGCAAAA